CACACGGCACAGGUUGGAAGUGAGCGAGAGGGAGGAGAGUCUGUCAAACCACUCGGAGAGCGGCGGACCGUGUCGACAGGCUGAAUGCCGAGGAGCCACAGAGAGAGUGGGUCAACUGCAAAGAGGGUGAACCAGGGAAGCAGACACUCCGAUAACAGGGAAUAGGGUCACAGAGAGAGAGAGAGAAAGGAACUCGGUCAAACCCCAGCGUCGCCACUGAGAUCAAUUUAGCGUGGCAAUCCAGGGACCCCAACAGUUUUUAGCGACUCGCUAGUGAAGGGGACUCGACGGCGAGUAGCCAUCCUAGUUGUUCUACCUCGGCCAUCUGUGACUUGGCUCCUCGGGUCAGCCGGUCAGAGCUGCUACAGACCCAGUGCUGCCUGCAGAGAUGGAAGUAGAUGCCAAGGACAAGCAGAGGAAGACCAAGAUCCAGUUCUCAGUCCCCUCUGCUGUGCCCCUUCAGUUGGACCCACAGCAGGUGGAGAUGAUUCGGAGACGAAGACCAACACCGGCUACGCUAUUCCAUUUGACAGACCACCCGUCUCCUGAGGAGGAACAUGACCAUCAUCAGUGGGUCAUUGGGGAAAAUGGUGUCUUUAAACCCAAGAGGGUCAAUGCAAAUGUUUACCAGCCUCCCUCACUUAAAGCUGUACAGAAGAUGGCUCAAGCUCACAUGAAGUCACUGGGAACAUGUCGCCCAGAAGAGCCUGACGACCUCCCUGGGGAGGACAGCCCUGAUUUAUCCCCUGUCUCAACCAGUGAUUCCCAGGAAGACCAAUCAGGGAGGUUCCCCGGCACAAAGAUCAAUUCAAAGGGAAGAUUCGCUCACUUCCUUCCCCUGAGUGUCUCACACGGAGAAAAGGAAGAAGAGGAGCAGGAGGAAAGCGACAAACCAGUGCGAAUAAAGAAGGGAGAAUGACAGAGUGAACAAGGAGGAAGAGGAGAAGCGGGAGAAUGACAGAACGUUUGUUACGGAGAGGAGAGAGAGUGAAUGAGGGUGAGAAGAUAGAGGACGACGUGAAAGAAGACGAGAGAAUGACUGAGCGAUAUUUGUUACAGAGAGUUGUGUCAGUCAUUCGAGUGGCAGAAGAUUACUUACAACCCAGAGUAAUGAUUCAGAAUAUAUACAGCUCCGGAAAGAAUUAGUUGAAAAGGAGGGUUUUGAGGAACAGAAACGUUCAAUUUGCAGUGGUCUCUCAAUUCUAACG